GUUCCACAUAACAUAACGCAAGAUUUUCCUUGGUUCUCUUCUCUCGAUCGGGUGUGUACGUAAUUAACAUAACAUGUUUCGAUAACCACACACCCCUUGUGUCAUGGCAUGAUGAUGAUGAUGAUGAGACCAGUAACGUGGCCCUGAUAAAGUUUUCAAAGUCUAAGCAUCUUCUUCCUUGUUGUCAUGCAUGCAUGAUGGAAUCGACGACGCAAAAGAACAAAAGCAAAAAGUCAUCGCUGUUGAUGCGUCUCAAACCCGUUAUGGGCUUCGACGACUCUAUUAUGCCCAAUCGCAAUGGGGAUGACCCAGUUUUGUCGUAUCUCGCGAUCGCUAACAAGGACGGCGCCGUUUUGCCGGCCAUUUUUUCGUCGAUGUUCGGAGGGGCGGAGGACCUGGGAGAAAAAUGCGGAUGUCGCCGGAGAAAGUGGCAGGCCCUCAGGGCGGUUUUCAGUGGAACCACUUUGAUGAGGAUGGCUAUUAAAAGGAGAGUGAAUAAAGGCAAAUUGUCCUUGACCAGAACCACUAGCAAAUUGGAAGAAACAAAUGGUAAAAUCUCAAACCCAAAAUGUAAAAGCACUUGCCGAACUAGUUCAAAGGUUUCCUCAACUUUUGGAAGCUCAUCUACACUCACCUCCUCUUCUCCAAGUUCAAGCAUUUCUUCAGUACGCACUGUUUCAAGCUCUUCCACUAAUGAAAAACUCUCACAUUCAAUACCAUUAAAUGGAACUCAUGUAAUGAAGCAGAAGCAAUGUGGUGUUGAAGAUAAGAAGAAAGGACAGAACUAUGGUUCAAACAUAGCUCUUAGUUGUAUGCUUUCAAUUACUCUAUUGAUUUUGAUUUUGUGGGGUAAAAUCCUUACUAUACUAUUCACUUCAAUGUGUUUAUAUCUCGUGCCUUUUGGUUCAAGAAGGCCACGCAACGUGGGGGGUUAUGUAGAGAGAGAGUUUGAGUCGGUUCAAAGUAAGAAGGUGGUUACUAUUAUGGAAGGGGUGCUUGGGAGUGAGAGGAGUUCUUAUGGGUCAAUGUCAAAGUCAUAGAGGGACAAUGCAUUUGAGGGAGUGGGACUUAAUUCUUUGAUGAUCUUGGAUUGAACUAGAUAUAUGUAUUGCGAUGCUACCAAUUCAAUUGAUUGUGCAAUGUCUCUUAGUUCAAUA